CGCGCAGCGGGAGCAAUGAACGGCCGCCAUUCGGGGCCGGGGGCGGGCCGGCGCCAGAGACGAGGAGAGAGGUGGGGAGGCCUCCGCCGCCGCCGCCGCCGCCGCCGCCAUCUUGGACCGGGCCCGUCAGCUUCCGCGGAGCCAUCGACAGACGCCGCGGCCUCCUCUGCGCCCGACCCCCGUCGUCCACAGCCAGCCCGGGCCCGCCGGGGCCCCCGCUCGCGCGCCGCGCCGAUAUCGCGAGAGCGUCCGGGCCCGGGGCGCGAGGAGGCGGGCGCUCGCCUCCCCCGUCGCGCUUCGCUCCUCGGCGGCGGCGCCGGCUCCUGCGGUGAGAUCGACCGCUGCCUCAAGAAGGUGUCCGAGGGCGUGGAGCAGUUCGAGGACAUUUGGCAGAAGCUGCACAAUGCGGCCAACGCGAACCAGAAGGAGAAGUACGAGGCUGACCUCAAGAAGGAGAUCAAGAAGCUUCAGCGACUGAGGGACCAGAUCAAGACAUGGGUGGCGUCCAACGAGAUCAAGGACAAACGGCAGCUCGUCGACAACCGCAAGCUCAUUGAGACGCAAAUGGAGCGCUUCAAAGUCGUGGAGCGGGAGACCAAGACCAAAGCCUACAGCAAGGAGGGCCUGGGCCUGGCCCAGAAGGUGGACCCUGCGCAGAAGGAGAAGGAGGAGGUCGGCCAGUGGCUCACGAACACCAUCGACACGCUGAACAUGCAGGUGGACCAGUUUGAGAGCGAGGUGGAGUCGCUGUCGGUGCAGACGCGCAAGAAGAAGGGCGACAAGGACAAGCAGGACCGGAUCGAGGGCCUGAAGCGCCACGUGGAGAAGCACCGCUACCACGUACGCAUGCUGGAGACCAUCCUGCGCAUGCUGGACAACGACUCCAUCCUGGUGGACGCCAUCCGCAAGAUCAAGGACGACGUGGAGUACUACGUCGACUCCUCCCAGGACCCCGACUUCGAGGAGAACGAGUUCCUCUAUGAUGACCUGGACCUCGAGGACAUUCCACAGGCGCUGGUCGCCACCUCCCCCCCCAGCCACAGCCACAUGGAGGACGAGAUCUUCAACCAGUCCAGCAGCACGCCCACCUCCACCACCUCCAGCUCCCCCAUCCCGCCCAGCCCGGCCAACUGCACCACGGAAAAUUCCGAAGACGACAAGAAGAGGGGACGCUCGACGGACAGUGAAGUCAGCCAGUCUCCAGCCAAAAACGGCUCCAAGCCCGUCCACAGCGGCCAGCACCCUCAGUCCCCAGCUGUGCCACCCAGCUACCCCUCCGGCCCCCCACCCACCACGUCCGCCUUGAGCACCACCUCCGGCAACAACGGGUCCCCUGCUGCGCCAGCACCCCCAAGUGCCCUAGGCCCCAAGGCCAGCCCAGCCCCCGGCCACAACUCGGGCACGCCCGCCCCCUAUGCCCAGGCGGUGGCGCCGCCGGCCCCCAGCGGGACCAGCACCGCCCAGCCCCGGCCCCCCAGCGUUCAGCCCGGCGGGGGCGGCGGCAGCAGCAGCAGCGGUGGAGGAGGAGGUGCCGGGAAGCAGAACGGCGCCACCAGCUACAGCUCGGUGGUGGCAGACAGCCCCGCAGAGGCGGCACUCAGCAGUGGGGGCAGCAGCGCCGGCAGCCAGUCCCUGGGCCCCCCGUCCGGGCCCCACAACCCGCCUCCCAGCACGUCGAAGGAACCCAGUCCGGCAGCUCCGACAGGGUCUGGGGGCGUUGCCCCAGGCUCAGGGAACAGCGCAGGGGGACCCAGCCUCUUGGUACCCCUGCCCGUGAACCCCCCCGGUUCCCCGACACCCAGCUUCAGUGAAGCCAAGACAGCCGGUGCCCUGCUCAAUGGCCCUCCGCAGUUUAGCACCGCCCCGGAGAUCAAGGCCCCCGAGCCCCUGAGCUCUCUCAAGUCCAUGGCUGAGCGGGCCGCCAUCAGCUCGGGCAUCGAGGACCCCGUGCCGGCACUGCACCUGACGGAGCGAGACAUCAUCCUCAGCGGCUCGUCGGCCCCGCCCGCCUCCUCCCAGCCGCCCCUGCAGCUGUCCGAGGUGAGCAUCCCGCUGUCGCUGGGCGUGUGUCCGCUGGGGCCCGUGCCCCUCACCAAGGAGCAGCUGUACCAGCAGGCCAUGGAGGAGGCCGCCUGGCACCACAUGCCCCACCCCUCUGACUCCGAGCGCAUCAGGCAGUACCUGCCCCGGAACCCCUGCCCGACGCCCCCCUACCACCACCAGAUGCCACCCCCGCACUCGGACACGGUGGAGUUCUACCAGCGCCUGUCCACCGAGACGCUCUUCUUCAUCUUCUACUAUCUGGAGGGCACGAAGGCGCAGUACUUGGCCGCCAAAGCCCUGAAGAAGCAGUCGUGGCGGUUCCACACCAAGUACAUGAUGUGGUUCCAGAGACACGAGGAGCCCAAGACCAUCACCGAUGAGUUCGAGCAGGGCACCUACAUCUACUUUGACUACGAGAAGUGGGGCCAGCGGAAGAAGGAAGGCUUCACUUUCGAGUACCGCUACCUGGAGGACCGAGACCUCCAGUGACCGCCCUGCCCCACCCCGCCCCGCCCCGCAUGCGACCCAGCCCAGGUGAGGGCCCGGCCCUGGAGGACGGGAGGCCCCGCCAGGCACCCUCCCCCAGGAAGCAGGGAGCGGCUGGGAGGCUUUUUCCUCCUGGCCCCAACCUGGGGGCCCGGGGCGAGCCGCCCCUCCUCCCUCCCCAGCGAGGGACUUUUUUGGUAGACCUGUUUUCAUUUUGGAAAAUAUUUAUGAAUAAAUAGUUUUCUAUGA